UUCUGGUCGCGGCGACAGUUGCCGAGAGCGUGUGUUGGUGGGUGGGGCGCUGAGUGAGCGGCGGCUUGUUGUUGGGGGCCACUUGGGACCAGUUUGCAAGACAGCCUUGGCCUGGAUCUCUCGUCGCCGCCCUGCACGGCUCCGGACCUUAAGUGAUCGUUACAAUGGAAGAAACCAAUAAUUUCAAGACACCAAGCAAAUUACUUGAAAAAAAGAAAUCUGCAUUAUGUUUAACUCCAUGUAUAAACAUUCCUGCUUCUCCGUUUAUGCAAAAGCUUGGCUAUGGUACUGGGGUAAAUGUCUACCUUAUGAAAAGAUCUCCAAGAGGUUUGUCUCAUUCUCCUUGGGCUGUGAAAAAGAUCAAUCCCAGAUGUAAUGAUCAUUAUCAAAGUUUGUAUCAAAAGAGACUAACUGAUGAAGCUAAGAUUUUGAAAAGCCUUAAUCAUCCAAACAUUGUAGGUUAUCGUGCUUUCACUGAAGCCAGCGAUGGUAGUCUUUGUCUUGCUAUGGAAUACGGAGGUGAAAAGUCUCUGAAUGACUUAAUAGAAGAACGAAAUAAAGAUAGCCAAGAUCCUUUUCCAGCAGCCAUAAUUUUAAAAGUUGCUUUGAACAUGGCAAGAGGGUUAAAGUAUCUGCACCAAGAAAAGAAACUACUUCAUGGAGACAUAAAGUCUUCAAAUGUUGUUAUUAAAGGUGAUUUUGAAACAAUUAAGAUCUGUGAUGUUGGAGUCUCCCUACCAUUGGAUGAAAAUAUGACUGUGACGGACCCUGAGGCCUAUUAUAUUGGCACCGAGCCUUGGAAACCCAAGGAGGCUCUGGAGGAGAACGGCGUUGUUACUGACAAGGCAGACAUAUUUGCCUUUGGCCUCACUCUGUGGGAAAUGAUGACUUUAUCUAUUCCACACAUUAAUCUUCCAGAUGAUGAUGAUGAUGAAGAUAAAACUUUUGAUGAAAGCGACUUUGAUGAUGAAGCAUACUACGCAGCUUUGGGAACCAGGCCACCUGUGAACAUGGAAGAACUGGAUGAAACGUACCAGAAAGUAAUUGAACUCUUCUCUGUGUGCACGAACGAGGAUCCUAAAGAUCGUCCUUCCGCCGCGCACAUUGUUGAUGCUCUGGAAAUGGAUGUCCUGUGAUGGAUCACCUCAUACUCGUGAGUGCCAGGGCUUCAAGUAUGGCUCGUCUGCAUAGCUGUUCUGUUUACUGUAAUACAUGUAUAGAGUUACUGUGAUAAUGCACAAUUAUUAGACUUUUCAGAAGUGGCCUAUUUUAGGACCAUAGAUAGCAUCUUGUUAACAUUUGAACAACUGUUUCUAUUAUACAGGUAGUUCAUGUGUGCUUAUGCUGGUAAGCAUUUGAGUUGUAGAAGGUUCUCUAUCAAGUUUAAGAAACUAGCUCCUCAAGUAUUUGAACUCGUUUGUACAGAUUUAAAACACUAGCAAAAAAGUGCUGUAAACACUGAUGUCUAUCUAACAUUAAUAUGGAUUAAGUGAUCAUUACUUUGAUUAAUGAUCUUUCUCGUGUACUCUCUAUUUUAAUGGAUCUGUUGAAAUUAGCACUUUGUGUGUUACAAAAUUAUCUUUUAAAACAUUAAACCUUUUGCUGGCCUUUCUUGGCUAAUGUGCUAAUUAAAUAUGGUCACUGGAAAUCAAGAGCAUUUGGCUCAAAAGAGUAGCUCCUUGGGU